ACUCUGCAGGAAGUCCGGUGUUGAUGAUGGCUCUAUUGCUCAAUAGCCAGUAGCGGGGGUCCCGGCUCUUGGCCUGAUUCCGUCCCCACACCCGACCCGGCAUAGUCCGGGUGAGACUGCGGCGGCGGCGGCGGCGGCGACUCCGCCCGCCGCCAUGCACGACGCCUUUGAACCGGUGCCGAUUCUAGAAAAGCUGCCUCUGCAGAUCGACUGUCUGGCUGCCUGGGAGGAAUGGCUGCUUGUUGGAACGAAACAAGGUCAUCUUCUUCUCUAUAGGAUUCGGAAGGAUGUUGGUUGCAACAGGUUUGAAGUGACAUUAGAGAAAUCCAAUAAGAACUUCUCCAAAAAGAUUCAGCAGAUCCAUGUGGUUUCCCAGUUUAAGAUUCUGGUCAGCUUGUUAGAAAAUAAUAUUUAUGUCCAUGACCUACUGACAUUUCAACAAAUCACUACAGUUUCCAAGGCAAAGGGAGCAUCACUGUUCACAUGUGACCUCCAGCACACAGAGACUGGGGAGGAGGUGUUGCGGAUGUGUGUGGCUGUGAAAAAGAAGCUGCAGCUCUAUUUCUGGAAAGACAGGGAAUUUCAUGAAUUGCAGGGGGACUUCAGUGUACCAGAUGUGCCCAAGUCCAUGGCAUGGUGUGAAAAUGCUAUCUGUGUGGGUUUCAAGAGAGACUACUACCUAAUAAGGGUAGAUGGAAAAGGGUCCAACAAAGAGCUAUUUCCAACAGGAAAACAGCUGGAGCCCUUAGUUGCACCUCUGGCAGAUGGAAAGGUGGCUGUGGGUCAGGAUGAUCUCACCGUGGUGCUCAAUGAGGAGGGGAUCUGCACACAGAAGUGUGCCCUGAACUGGACAGACAUCCCAGUGGCCAUGGAGCACCAGCCUCCCUACAUCAUUGCAGUGUUGCCUCGAUAUGUGGAGAUCCGGACAUUUGAGCCAAGGCUUCUGGUCCAGAGCAUUGAAUUGCAAAGGCCCCGUUUCAUUACCUCAGGAGGAUCAAACAUUAUCUAUGUGGCCAGCAACCAUUUUGUUUGGAGACUCAUUCCAGUCCCCAUGGCAACCCAAAUCCAACAGCUUCUCCAGGACAAGCAGUUUGAAUUGGCUCUGCAGCUUGCAGAAAUGAAAGAUGAUUCCGACAGUGAAAAACAGCAACAGAUCCAUCACAUCAAGAACUUGUAUGCCUUCAACCUCUUCUGCCAGAAGCGUUUUGAUGAGUCCAUGCAGGUCUUUGCUAAACUUGGCACAGAUCCUACACAUGUGAUGGGCCUGUACCCAGACCUGCUACCCACAGACUACAGGAAGCAGCUACAGUAUCCUAACCCGCUGCCUGUGCUCUCUGGGGCUGAGUUGGAGAAGGCUCACUUAGCUCUGAUUGACUACCUGACACAGAAACGAAGCCAAUUGGUCAAGAAGCUGAAUGACUCUGAUCACCAGUCUAGCACCUCCCCGCUCAUGGAAGGCACUCCUACCAUCAAAUCCAAGAAGAAGCUGCUGCAAAUCAUCGACACCACCCUGCUCAAGUGCUACCUCCAUACGAACGUGGCCCUGGUGGCCCCCUUGCUGCGCCUGGAGAACAACCACUGCCACAUCGAAGAGAGCGAGCACGUGCUGAAGAAGGCUCACAAGUACAGCGAACUGAUCAUCCUGUACGAGAAGAAGGGGCUCCAUGAGAAAGCUCUGCAGGUGCUGGUGGACCAGUCCAAGAAAGCGAAUUCCCCUCUGAAAGGCCAUGAGAGGACAGUGCAGUACCUGCAACAUCUGGGCACAGAAAACCUGCAUUUGAUUUUUUCCUACUCAGUGUGGGUGCUGAGAGACUUUCCAGAGGAUGGGCUGAAGAUAUUUACUGAGGACCUCCCAGAGGUGGAGUCUCUGCCACGAGACCGAGUGCUUGGCUUCUUAGUGGAGAAUUUUAAGGGUCUGGCAGUUCCUUAUCUGGAACACGUCAUCCACGUUUGGGAGGAGACGGGCUCUCGGUUCCACAACUGCCUGAUCCAGCUGUACUGUGAGAAGGUGCAAGGUCUGAUGAAGGAGUAUCUCCUGUCCUUCCCUGCAGGCAAAACUCCAGUCCCUGCUGGUGAGGAAGAAGGAGAGCUGGGAGAAUACCGACGGAAGCUCCUUAAGUUCUUGGAAAUUUCUAGCUACUAUGACCCAGGCCGGCUCAUCUGUGAUUUUCCUUUUGAUGGCCUCUUAGAAGAGCGUGCUCUCUUGCUGGGACGCAUGGGGAAACACGAACAAGCUCUCUUUAUCUAUGUCCACAUCCUGAAGGAUACGAGAAUGGCUGAAGAGUACUGCCACAAGCAUUAUGACCAAAAUAAAGAUGGCAACAAAGAUGUGUAUCUGUCCCUGCUCCGGAUGUACCUGUCCCCGCCCAGUGUUCACUGCCUGGGGCCAAUCAAGCUGGAACUGCUGGAGCCACAAGCCAACCUCCAAGCCGCCCUGCAGGUCCUCGAGCUGCACCAUGGCAAACUGGAUACCACCAAGGCCAUCAACCUUCUGCCAGCGAACACUCAGAUUAACGAUAUACGCAUCUUUCUGGAAAAGGUCUUGGAAGAGAAUGCACAAAAGAAACGGUUCAAUCAAGUGCUCAAGAACCUUCUCCAUGCAGAGUUCCUGAGGGUCCAGGAAGAGCGGAUUUUACACCAGCAGGUGAAGUGCAUCAUCACAGAGGAGAAGGUGUGCAUGGUGUGUAAGAAGAAAAUUGGGAACAGUGCAUUUGCAAGAUACCCCAAUGGGGUGGUCGUGCACUAUUUCUGCUCCAAAGAGGUCAACCCAGCUGACACCUGAGGCCAGCAAGCCGAAGACUGAGCAGCGGACAGCUCGGCUAUCCCAGAGGCGGGGAGAGCCCCGGCCUGGGGAAUCGGGGGCUGCUGCCACCACCAGGAGUCUCCCCAUUUGGACACUACUGGCUACCUUGUGCCGUGGAACAUCUCUGAAUCAAAGAGACUUGUGCUCUGGCGUUGCCAGACUUUUAAUAGAGAAAGCAAUUAGUUACACCUUAUAUACCAUUAUGUUGCAGGCAAUUCCGGAGAAUUUUAUACCUGCUUGGACAGGAGGAGAUGGGGAAGGGCACCAUCCUGUCUUUGCAUUCCAAUCACCCGAAUAAGGAAACUGUCUCAGGUGUUUGCAACCCUGGGGUUGUUUAUUCCAAGUUUUCUAUUAAGAUACAUGCAGGACUUCACAGGAGCCCUCAGCUCGGCUGCCUGAAGGCCUGGAGUACCAGAGCUCCUCUGGCUGCAAAGACCAAAUGGCCCGUCCUCUAGGUAAUGCUGGUCACUUUGUAGUCACUGACCCUGUGUCCCCCCACCAGUCUCCCCACUCGGCUCUUUAUUUUUCAGUCUCCUUCACUUUCUACUUAUUUUUUUCCUUUAUCUCACCCCCCACUUCUCCACCCAGGCUUUCUCUCCUAUUUUCCUGACACCGGGAAUAACUAGUAUUUUAAACAAGGUAAAAUGAGAAGCAAGAGGAAGUCCCAGUUUCUAGGAACACAUUGCUCGAUUGUCAGGUGUGUUGUAAAUAGAUUCUCCCUGGACUGUAUGCACUGUGCCUGGAAGCUUAGGAGAGCCUCAUUCUCGGUCCCUCAGGGCCGAGUGUGACGGCUGCUCUAACGGUGGGCUGCCCUGGGUAUGUGACCUCUUGGCAGGUGUCCGCAGAGGCCCCUGCUCCUGGUUCAUCCACCAGCCACCCAGGGCAGGUUGGUUUAGGCUUUCUGAGCAGAGUGCUUUGUGCUCUGGGCACCUUUCUCUUCCCAGCCAGUGUCAUCCGCCUACCUUACACCUUGGCCUGGCCAUUGUUCUCCAGCUUUGUUUUGCAGGGGUUGGAGGAUGGCUCUGGGAUAUGGUAGGUAGGUGGAUCUCUGCUACACACAGAGAACGAUCAGAUCAGGAACUGACACUGACGUGAUGUAGGGCGUGCUUGUGAGGUGCUUGGGGACAGCCGAGAGCCGAGCUGCUGGCAGCAGGAGUUUGUGACAUAACUCACUGCCAGAUCCGCUAGGCACUUGUUUGUGUUUGGAGGAGACCCUGCCUCCCACGGGGCUCUAGAGCCCACAGGAGGGGUGCCUAGCACUGCAGGCUGAGGACACAGGGACUGCGGCCCUGCAUCCUGUCCUACUGGGGAUUUUGUAGAUGCAUCGUCUUGUUACCCCAGUGUUUCUAACAGUAAUGAGGGUAUGUGACAGCACCCGAUACUGACACUGUUCUAGUGGCCUGUCCUUGACAUGAGAUCCUUUCGAAACUUCAGCACCGUGCUGUCUGGGGCCUGUGUUGUAGCCUGACUUGCUGGUGUAGAUGAGGCUCCUCCCAGGCACGCUCUCUGCAGGGGGUCUGAAGGGACGGAGUGAGGGCCGUCAGCAUCGUUCACAGAGGCAGGGCACUCUGCUCAGGUUUGGGAGGCCGAGCAGUGCUUCACAAGAUCCAUGUCCCACUGGCCACACCCCCGCUGAGAUGCAGUGCUGCCCGGGGCCCUGUUUGCAGCGGCUUGGACUGAGCUUCCGCUGGGAGCAGCUGCAGAAACUGGCCCCGCCCCGAGCACCCUGCCUUCCCCGCCUGCGGUGUGUGUAUCUCCCUACCUGUGUGGCACACGUGUUUGAAGCAGUAGAAUGAAGAAUGUGUGUUUCCUUCCCUUCUGGAAUACAUAAAUGACCCAGUUUUCCUGAACUCCAUUCUCCUUCCCUGGACUCUCUGCCCUCUGUGGAGGUGUGGAGAAGGCUGGAGAUGAAAGCUCUGUAGUGAGGACGACGAAGAUCUCUCAUAAUAAACAUCAUGAAGUACGAAA